AUGAAAAAUAAGAAGCGUCUAAGAGUAAGUCAUGCUCAGGCGCUCCCCUGCAAGUUCGCAGCGUCUGCCACUUCGGAAAUAGUUCGCCCGCUGAACUGUAUUGUCGCCGUGUCACAGAACAUGGGCAUCGGCAAGAACGGGGAGCUGCCCUGGCCCCCACUCAGAAAUGAAUUCACAUGUUUUCGGAAAAUGACCACCACCUCUUCAGUAGAAGGUAAACAGAAUCUGGUGAUAAUGGGUAGGAAGACAUGGUUCUCCAUUCCUGAGAAGAAUCGACCUUUAAAAGGCAGAAUCAAUUUAGUUCUCAGUAGAGAGCUCAAAGAGCCUCCAACAGGAACUCAUUUUCUUGCCAAAAGUCUUGAUGAUGCCUUAAAACUUACUGAGCAGCCAGAAUUAACAAAUAAAGUGGACAUGGUUUGGAUAGUGGGAGGCAGCUCUGUGUAUCAGGAAGUUACGAACAAGCCGGGCCAUUUGAGACUGUUUGUGACAAGAAUCAUGCAGGAAUUUGAAUGUGACACAUUUUUUCCAGGAAUUGAUUUGGAGAAAUACAAACUUCUUACUGACUACCCAGGGGUUGUUUCUGAUGUCCAGGAAGAGAAAGGCAUUAAGUACAAAUUUGAAGUAUAUGAAAAGAAAGAUUAAUAUUAAGGUGUUUUCUAAUUGGUGUUGCGUUACCAUCCCUCUAAAAAGC